AUGUCAGAGCCCGGUAACCUGAGCAAGUUUGGCGACCACGUUAUCGAACGGCCUACCUCCGCAGAUGAUGUUGAAAAGCAGUCAGUCUUGCAAAGCCUUCAGGCGGGUGUGCAAAGCGCAGAAAUACUGCGCAAAGGAUGGACGAAGAAAGGUCUCUAUAUGGCUUUUGUUGGUUUCUUUAUAGCAACGCUUGCGAUUAACUUUGGCGAUUAUUCCACCCAGGUCUAUGUUCCAUACACUACAAGUUCGUUUAAGAAACACUGCCAUGAGCGCGGUUCGAGUAGUGAUGAAUAUUACGUGUAUUGCGUCGUAUCCGAUUAUUGCUAA